GCUCGUUGCUGCCGGCGUGGCCGGGCAAGGGGACGGUGGAGGGCGGGUGUUGGCACCCGCGCACGUUCGACCGCGCCGUGGUGGUGGUGAUCGACGCGCUGCGGUACGACUUCACCGUGCCGGUGCAGGACGACGAGGCGUUCCACAAUGCGUUCCCCUUCCUGUGGGAGACGGCGGUGCGCGAGCCCAACAGGGCGUUCCUGCGGCCGUUUAUUGCCGACCCGCCGACGACGACGCUGCAGCGGUUGAAGGGGCUGACGACGGGGACGCUGCCGACGUUUGUCGACGUGGGGAGCAGUUUUUCUGGUACGGCCAUCGACGAGGAUAACUUGUUGAUGCAGUUCAGGGAUGCGGGGAAGAAGAUUGUUCAUCUGGGCGACGAUACGUGGGAGGCGCUGUUUCCGGGGUACUUUGAGGGGAAUCUGAGCCGUGCGUACGACAGCUUCAAUGUCUGGGACUUGCACACGGUCGAUAACGGGGUCAUUGAGCACAUCUUUCCGGCCAUGGAGAAGAGGAACGACUGGGACGUUCUCAUCGGGCACUGCCUUGGUGUUGACCACGCUGGCCACCGUUAUGGCCCGAAUCACCCGGAGAUGACCAAAAAGUUGCGCCAGAUGGACGGCUUCAUCAAGGAUCUGGCGGAAACCAUGGAUGAUGACACGGUUCUGAUUGUUAUGGGAGACCACGGGAUGGACAGCAAGGGAGACCACGGUGGCGAGAGCGAAGACGAAGUCGAGGCUGCGCUAUGGAUGUACUCCCCCAAGGGCAUCUUUGGCAGAACGAAGCCGGAAUAUGUCACGCCGCCGGUUACCGCUAAGACUCGUCCCGUCAACCAGAUCGAUCUCGUUCCCACCUUGGCGCUAUUGAUGGGUAUCCCCAUCCCCUUCAACAACCUAGGGAGGCCAAUCGAAGAGGCUUUCGCUGGCGCCGCCGGCAAUUCCUGGGCCAACCUCGCUGCGGCUGAGAGAACGGCGGCGGCUGGUAUCAAGCGCUACCAGUCCUCCUACUUCGCCGCCCGGGGAAUCGAGCAGUCCUCCGCGGCCGGGUCUCCCAACGAACUCUGGGACAAAGCUGAGAGCCUUAUUUCCAAGGGCAAGAAGCAGGACUGGGAAGCCAUCUUCUCGGCAUUCGCUGCGUAUCAGGAAGAAAACCUGCAAAUUUGCAAGGCCCUGUGGGCGAGGUUUGACCUCAAGAAUAUGGCAAUUGGCAUUGCCGUGAUGGCGCUCGGGGUUAUCGCGCUUCUCGUUUACAUUUCCAAUGGAGUAGAUGACGAUGUCAUUGACGACGAGGAGCUUGACCUCGCCGAAAAGAGCCUAGAACUGCAGGGCGUGAAGCCCGAAACAUCAGCGACGCCUUCUGAUAGUCUCGAGAGGCGUUUGGUCGCUGCUGCCUUCCUCGGCGCUACCCCCGGAUUCAUUGGCGGAGUCAUCUCCUCCUACGUCUCAGGGGCUGGCGACUGGUACCGCGGAUCUGGAAUUGCUGCUCUCACGAGCAUUGCCGCGGUUCUUGUAUCCAUGUAUGAGGUUCAGGAGACCGUGAUCAAGAUCUUUCCUAGGACGGCCUGGGGCUGGAUGGCGGUAGUCUUCACGGUCAGCCAGUCCAUCGGCUUCGCGUCUAACUCGUACACAAUCUGGGAGGAUUCGAUUCUCCUCUUCUUUAUUACAACAUUCGGUUUCGUCAGCGCCCUAUCAGCGCUCAAAAUCCCUUCCCGCGCCGACCGCUACCUGGCCAUCUACCACUCCGUCGUCUUUGCCCUGCUUGGCCGCGUUGCUUCCUUCUCCAAGCUUUGCCGCGAGGAACAGAUGCCAUACUGCACCUCGACCUACUAUGCCUCGUCCACAUCCUCUACCUCAGCCCCGUGGCAGCUGAUCAUCCCCUUCCUCGUCUCCGUCAUCCUUCCCUCCAUCCUCAAGGCCUAUCUCCAACCGACCCGGUCCUACGAAGGCCUCGCCCCGACCUGGAUCGGCUAUGUCUUCCGCACCGGCCUCUUCAUGGCCGCCCUCUACUGGCUCCUCGACGCGGCCGACAACGGCAACUGGAUCCCCGGCCUCCCCGACAAAACGCUCAAAAACAUCAGCGUCUACACCGCCCAGAUGGUCCUCGGCCUCGCCCUAGUCGCCGGCACCACCGCCUUCGUCUGGGCGCCCCCCUGCGUCUCCAUCGUCACCUCGGCGUCCCCCACCGAACCGACCCGCGCCCAGGUCGCCAUCCUCGGCUACGCCAACGCCCACGGCGCCCGCUACCUCCUCCUCCCGCUCAACCUCCUCGCCGCCUGCAUCCUCCUCUCCAAGCCCAUGGGCGCGGGCGCUCUCGGCCUGAUGGCCUGGCAAAUCCUCGCCCUCCUCGAGGUGCUCGACCUCAACGACCUCACCACCUCCCCCAUCGGGCCCGUGAUGCUCGCCGUGCUCGGCACAUUCCACUUCUUCAAGACCGGCCACCAGGCGGUACUCAGCACGAUCCAAUGGGACGCGGCCUUCAUCCCGCUCUUCACGAUCCGGUACCCCUUCAGCCCCGUGGUGGUCGCGCUCAACACCUUCGCGGGCCAGAUCCUAGCGGCGGCGGCCGUGCCGCUGGUCGUGCUGUGGAAGGCCGGCCCGCGGCGGCGCGGCGUGCUCGAGGCCGUCAGCCGGGCGCUGGGCGUCUUCGUCGCCUACUUCGCCGUCGAGAGCCUCGCGACCAUGGCCUGGGCCGGCCACCUGCGGCGCCACCUGAUGCUGUACCGUGUGUUUGGCCCGCGCUUCAUGGUGGCGGCCGUGGUGCUGUUGGUGGUGGAUGUGGUGGGGAUCGUGGUGUCCCUGACGGGGGUGAGGUGUAACACGAUGGCGAUCGGGGAGGUUUUUGGGUGGGCUGAGUGAGUGGUGCACCUCGUGGGAUCUUUCGUUUUGUUUUCUGUGUAUAUUCUGGAUGAGAGUUUACCCGAGGUUGGAUGAGGGUAGUUGAAAAGGGAGGGACCCCCUAAGGCCGACUCCUGUACAUACCUUGAUAAUGUGUAACGUAACCUGUCAACAAUUGAGUGUGUGGUGAUAAGAAU